AUGGAUAAACCCGCUGACUCUUCUUCCACAAAAUCCAGUGCUAAAGCCGCCGUUCGUGCUGACACGUCUGCAGCCGGAAGCCCGCCCCUGUCUGCUGCCAACACUCUCGCCAACAACCCUCACCCCCUGGGUCCUCGACCCGCCUCAUCGCUCCCUCACCCUCUUUCUCCACAUAACCUCCGCCCCGACUUUUCUCCUAACCCGGCCUCCAAUUCGACUUCUGCGUCUGUUGCUUCGACCGUCCAUAAUCCACGUCAUUCGAACCUUCCUUCAUCGGCUGUCGACUCUUCCGUCACUUCCGGCUACCCACGCCCACACCACCACGCCCAUGCUCACGCCCAUGCUCUCACCCACUCCCAUGCUCAAUCCCCUACAACCUCCCCCACCACCUCCACCUCGCACGCUCACGCCCACCCGGCCUCCACCGACCCGUACCCCGCCCCUCAUCAGCAGUCCCAAUCCCAGUCCCAAAAACCCAUCCGCCGCGCCAAACGCACCGAACAAGAACGUAUCGACUACCUUGCCAAUGACCCCCAAGUGGCGAGGUUCGAGGCGUAUAGGGUGUUAUGCGCUGCGUGCGAUAAAUGGAUCCGGCUUAGGCCAAACUCGACGUAUUGUAGUAUUCCAUGGGAUGCGCAUCGGAGGAGCUGUCUGAAAAAGAAGGCGAGGGCGCAGCCGUUCAUGCGGACUCAGCAAGGGUCGACUAUGUCCACACUUCCACCUCCACCGCCGCCACCGCCACGACCGCACCCAUCACACCAGGCUCAAGAUUUCCCGCCUUCGACUUCCUAUCCUCCCAGCUCCGCCUACCCACCCGGACCCGCGUCCAUCUCCGGCUCCUCUCACGCCUCGCCUCCCCUUGCCCAUUCUCGCACGUCCCCGCCCACCGGCAUGGAUGGUCAGUCUCCGCCUACGACGACGUACACUUUCGUCAAAGGGACAGCUUCGGCGAGACAGGCGAAUAAGGAGGCGAAGGAAGCUAGGGCGAGGGAGGUCCCGGCGCAGUUUGUUUAUGAGCCUAGUGGGCGUGGAUCUCAGGCUGGCGGAUCGACGGGCUCGCCUUCGGCCGUUGAUAGCAUGCGAGCGGGGGUUGGUGUGCCGGUCGGGAAAACAUUGAAGGAAAUGGAGAGGGAGAGGGAGAAGGAAGGAAGAGUUGGUGUUAAGAAUGUCGUCAUUCGCAAAGGGGACUAUAACUCUCUUACCGCCACGCCGUACACAUCCACGUCGCAGUACUUGCACUCCAGGCCCUCCGCUCGGACUCCAUCCCAUGCGUCUAACGGAAGCGCAGGCAACGGCUCUUCUACCGGCACCGGCACUGGAACGACGUCGAAGAGGAUGCCAGCACCGGAGAGGGUAGCGUUGCUGAGGGCGGACGUGUUGUUGAGGGAGCCGAGGGGGACUGUGGAACCGCAUAGGGUGCUUUGUGGGCUUUGUUCGAAGUGGGUGGCGUUGAGGAAGGAUACGAGGUGGUGUUGGCAUCCGUGGGGAGUGCAUAAGGGGGGGUGUUUGGCCAGAUUCCAAAAACGUGCGGCGAAAGAGCUCGAUAAGGGAUUUUCGGGUGACGCUGUCAAGGCCCUCGAGUACUUCGGUCUUCCUAUCCGUCCAGUUUCCGACCCUGAGGCGGAUUUCGCCAGCACCAGUCCUUCUGCCCAUGGACAGGACCAGGAUGCGGAAGGCGAAGAAGAUGCAGAGGGGGAGCCUGACGAGGACAUGGACGUGGACGCUGAGGGGGAGCCGGAUGAAGGGAUGCAGGUGGACUAUCAAGAAGACGAGCCCGAGUUCAGUGGUGCAGCGGAGUUGGACGUGGAGGAUGGAAGGGUUCGCUUCGUUAGGUUCUCGAUCGAACACCUCUGGCGCACGACAUACGAGAGCUCGGACGAGAUGACAGUCGAGACCUUGCUUGGGUACCUCAACGCUGCCAUGCCACCGGAUAAGCACGAGGACUUCGACAUCGUGGAAGUUACACGGGCCGUGGGUUCUUUACGCCAUGCUGGAAGGGUUCGCUUCGAAGGCAAUGUGAUAUCACAACCUCGUGGAGCUGCUCGUUCGCAGAGGUACUGACUUGCCAAAGUCCGCCUUUGUCCGCUCCACUUCACUUCACCUUCGUACAUUCAUCCUCGCUCGCCCCUCAUUCGCUUCCCUGCGAAGUCCACUGGUGGUAAGACAAUUCCGAAGCUUUGUUCUGAAUAUCGCCACGACCCCCAUAUACUCAACCAACUCUCUGCUCUCUUCGUUUACCAUUAUCCUCGUCUCCAUCUCAUCGCCCCAUUUAACUCGUGACUCCGCCAUCCCCCGACCGUUGUUAUAUUACCAGCAUUGUAAGUACGCCAAUGGACUGUUUUCUUGGACGGACAUAUACCAAUACACACCGGUCCUCGCUUCCUUCCGUUGCACUACAUACUUAUUUUACAUUCAACAUGUUGUUCGUUUAUUAUCGCAUAGUUUUGACUCUCGUCUAUUUACCUUCAGCCCCGGACUCAAAACUUCAUCUUCGGACUCAGACUCGGACUCGUCUUCGAACACUCGGACUGAACCUGUCUCUGCUUUCGACUCUCACUCGACCAUCGCCUCUACUAUGUGUUACACUAUCCUAUUCCCAUAUUAUAUUACCUUGAUUCUAUAUCCGCUGUAUAGGUGCAUGUUUACGUUACAUAUCCUCUCGUACUAAUUCUCCCUGCUUCAGUCCUCUAGUAUCCCCGGUUUGCCGUUCUUACCCUAAACACUACUAGUUCUAGUCCCUGUACCGCACCGUCUACCUCUCGCGUUCCUAUGGAUCUUCCACCUGCCUCGGUCCUGCUCCUCGUCUCUGAACCCCCGUUGCAGCUAUCAGCACCACUCAUUUGAAGUCCGCCUCGCUCCCCUUGCUCGUUUGCUCCGCAUCUGUUAACUGCAGAUCAUCACGCUCCUUAUGCCGCCACUACUGUUGUUGAUAUAUCCUAUGGACUCGGACUCGGACUCUACUUUCAUUAUCAUACUGUCAUUGCGCCCGGACAUUCUCACCUUGUUUCUUUCUGUCGUACUGCCUCUGCUGCCUCCGUUUACAUCGUCUGCCACACUUACUCUUACUUAUGGAUACGGCGUUUCUGUACCACCUGUGACCUGUCCACAUUCUGAAUUUCAAUGUCUAAUGGCCUGUCUUUACUCUCGUUCGUCGUC